CAGUGAGUCGCUCUCCCUGCUGAGGCUCAGCAUCCCUACAGCCUCCUCUCUCUCUCUCUCUCUCUCUCUCUCWCWCACACACACACACACACACACACACACASUCUCACACCUCUCAGUUGCUGCUGAGCCCAUCCAACGACCCGAGGAAGGAGAAGAGAGAAACAGCCAUCACAAAGAAAAGGAGGAAAGGAGAAGAACCAGGAGGAUGAGGACCAGUGUGUUGUGCAGUGUGCCGGCACUUCCCUGCUGCCGUCCCACACACUCUGUGCGCCGUUUCACAUCCCCCCUGCUUCUCCCCCUCCUCCUGCUCCUGAGCAGCAGCAUCAGCAGCGGCAGCAGCAUCGGGGCCAUCCCUUCUCCGUUCCAGCUGGCCCCGGACACCCCGGCUCCAGCUGAGCCCACCCCGACCCAGUCCUCACCGCGCCCGGACCCCUGCGAAGGCCGCCCCUGCCUCAACCGGGGCUUGUGCCUGGCCCUGCCCUCUGCCGGCAGGCUGGAGGACACCUGGGAGUACACCUGCACCUGCAGCCAGGGAUUCACGGGACGCAACUGUGAGUUUUUCACAGAUCCUUGUACCAGCAGUCCCUGUCUCCAUGGAAACUGCAGCCGGAGCGACAGUGGGGAGGAGGGGGAGCCGGCCUACACUUGUGAGUGCAGCGAGGGCUACGAGGGGGAGAGGUGUGAUCAAAUCCUAUUGGACCUGCCGGCCGCUGACUGGGACCCUGCUACCCCCUCCGCUCCUGAGCUCGCUACCCCUGUCGCCUCCACCACCGCAGCUGCCACUCAGCCGCCAGAGCCAACCACCAUCCCGUCCACCAUCACGCCAGCACCUCCCACCCUGCAACCAUGGCAACCCAAACCUGGGCAGAGGCUGCUGGUGGUGCCGUGGGAGGCAGACAGGGUGACGGAGAGUCUGCACUGUGUGAGUCCUGAGCUGUGUGAGCUGACAUCAGGAACUUUGACUGUAUCUCUGGAGGUGCCUGAAGAAACGGCUGUAAAGGUGGUGGUCGAUGCCAACGGAGCUCCAGAGCUUUGGCGAUUGAACGAAGAUGGUUUCCUUCGUUCGUCCAUUUCCAACGGCACUGCAGUGUGGUUCCUGCAGGCCCCUGAUGGACUGGUGGUGCCAGACAACUCGCUGCCCCUGGGACAGAACUACUUCCUCAGUGUGAUGCGUGUGGGCGCCCCUACAGCCCCGGAGGUCACCCUGCGUCUCAACCUGACGGUGAAGGCCAGCAGCUGUGUGGAGCCCGGCAGCAGCUUCAGUGACCCUCAGUGCUCAGGGAAAGGCAAAUGUAUCACGCAGCCCUCUGAGAGCACUUUCUACUGUGAGUGUGAAGACGGCUACACUGGAAUCUUCUGUGAGGAGUUUGAUGCCUGCCUCCACCGGCCUUGUCACAACAACGGCACCUGCACUGACGUGAGACAGGGAGGGGAAGGACGUAACUUCACAUGCAGCUGCACUUCAGGUUACCAAGGUGCGACAUGUGAGCAGAAGGUGGACCCGUGCGCCUCCAGCCCCUGUCACAAUAACGGGACGUGCUACGCCCAGGGCCCCGGCCCCCUGGGGUUUGGCUGCAGCUGCACAGCAGGCUUCACCGGCCCAACAUGCGCCCAGCUGGUGGACUUCUGCGCCCUGAAUCCCUGCGCCCAUGGUGUCUGCCGUAGCACAGGCAACAGCUACAGGUGUCUGUGUGUCCCAGGUUAUCACGGUUUGUACUGUGAGGAGGAGUACAAUGAGUGUCUGUCGGCCCCCUGCCAGAACUACGCCACCUGCAGGGACCUGAUCAAUGCCUACGAGUGUGUCUGCACACAACAGUUUGAAGGUAGACACUGUGAAAUCUUCAAGGAUCCAUGUCUGAAGGUGCGUUGCCAGAACGGAGGCCGAUGUGAGAGCACAGGACUCAAUGCCUCCUGUGCCUGCCCUCCUGGAUACCUGGGGGAGGAAUGUGAGGUCGACAUCAACGAGUGCGAGAGCAACCCUUGUCACCAUGGAGGCACCUGCAUUGACCAAUCAAAUGGCUUCACCUGUCACUGUCCACCUGGGUGGGUGGGGCCCAGCUGCGAGAUCCACCUGCAGUGGAAGCCGGCACACACUGAAGACACUCUGACCAACAUGCCACGACACUCCCUCUACAUCAUCAUUGGAGCGCUGUGCGUGGCCUUUGUCCUCAUGCUCAUUAUCCUCAUCGUGGGCAUCUGCCGCAUCAGCCGCAUCGAGUACCAGGGCUCGUCUCGCCACGCCUACCAGGAGUUCUACAACUGCCGCAGCAUCGACAGCGAGUUCAGCAAUGCUAUUGCCUCCAUCCGCCAUGCUAGAUUUGGCAAGAAGUCCAGGCCUGCCAUGUACGAUGCCACCCCCAUCGCCUAUGAAGACUACAGUCCUGAUGACAAGCCGUUGGUUACCCUGAUCAAGACCAAGGAUUUGUAGAAAAAACACAUAUGAUUGCACAUGUACACAUAUGCACACACACACACACACGCACACACACGUAGAGAAAGUCACUAUAAAGUAUUUAACUAUUUCUUAUGGAAAAAAACAACAAAACAAAAUUGAAUGUAAAAAAAAUCCCAAAACAUACUCUGUAGUUUAAAAAAAGAAAUCUGGAAUUUGAUACAUCUAUUUUCCUGUCAAAGUUCGUGAUAAGGCUUUAUUGUAGCAUAAGAGCAUUCUUUACAUUAAUAAGUUAUUGAUGACGGGCGACACGACAUCUAACCCCUGUGUGUAGUUGGAGCCAGAAACACAGGUGCCCACAUUUCUUAGCAUAAACUGCGACAGCUCUGACAACAGUUCUUACAGGUGUUGUAGAAAUAGAUGCACUGCUCAUGGUGCAUUCACUGUAUCUUUUUUCUAUAUCUAAAAUAAACUUCUGCUGUAGGUUGCCUUACUUCGUGCAUGGUUAGAUUUGAUGUUCUCUGCAUUAUUUAAAAAUCUUUUGUACUUGAUUGUUGGUUGUUAUGGGUUCUUUUUCAUUGCAUUGUAUUUUUCUCUGUUGAGAUUGUGCCAAAUAUUUCAUUUGUGGUCAGUAGAUCAAACACAUAUAUAAAAUGCUAUAGACACUGAAUUUUCUUUUUAAAAAAUACAUACAGUAUUGUCCUGUUAUUUACAUGCAAGUGUACGAAUAGUAAAGAAAGUGGGUUUACUGGAGUACUGUGACCCUGCCAAUGCCACUGUAUGUAUUUCAGUGAUAUUUAGGACAAUAGGUACUGUAGGUAUAUUUCUCAGUGCACAGAAACAUAGUGGGUUUUACUCAGUCUACUUGUUAAUCCCAAUGUACAAAUUCACCUCUAGUAUUGACAGUGUUGAAUAGUUUCUGGAUGACAGUUUCUCUGCUGGAGUGGAGGAAGAGGAGGAGGAAGAGGAGAAGAAGGAGGAUAUCUACUCCAGAAUAUUUGUGCUUCUGUGUUCUACCAAUGAAAAACUCUGUGCAGCUGUGUUGUUUCCCCCUCAAGGUCAAGCAAUGUUUUACCGAUACGCUCAGCUAAUCCUCUAAUAUUUUCUUUCUCUCAUUUUAAACACUGCAGCCACAUGAUUACCUAUUAUCUAUGUUGAAUGAUAUAAACAAUAAAGAUUCAAGUGAACUUAG